AUGGGUUAUAGAAAGUUAAAACAUAUGCUUUCUGCUGGCCAUCUGGAUAGGACUUUCGUGCAUCAACAGAAAUUGCACCAAGAUAACUACGGCGAUACCCAAGUCUACCAUCUCAUGACAUCUGUAUCGCUACCAGUCUACGAUAAAAAACCCCGACAGGAAAGAGUUGCAAAUCUGUUGGGAGUGGCUGGAACUGAUAUUCCCAUUGAAUAUAUACAGAGGCUUAUGCUUCCAUAUAGGCUAGGGGUGAAUGGAUAUGCCUUCAUAGUAACUAAUAAUGGUUAUAUAUUAACACACCCUGAUCUUAGGCCAGUGUAUCAAGGAAUCUUAAAACCCGCUUACAACAGAGUUGACAUGAUCGAAAUUGAAAUCCUCGAUGACGAUUCGGAUCCUCGAAACUUUAGCGAUAUCGUUCGAGACUUCAGAAAGCACGUCGUUAUGCAAGGUUCUGGCAACAUCACUUUAAAAGUAAAAGGCCAUCUGGAUGAUAUGAGACGUAUUACGUUCAAUACGAAACAUUACUACUAUAGAGGCAUAAACGGUACCCCAUUUAGUCUCGUGAUAGCCCUUCCAGAUAAAUACGGCUAUUACCGUAUCGAGCCUAAAGUAGAGAAUGAUAUUCAUCGUUUGACUUUGUCGCAGGACAAGAAGCCUCUAUUAAGGUACUUCACUGGCAAUUGGACCAUUCAUCCAGAUUGGCACUAUUGUAGAUAUGCUGAUAACAGAAAACAUUUCGAAGACCCCGAAGAAGAAUUAUUGUAUUUCCUUCAAAUGAUGGAAAAAUACGCUUGGAAAUGGUCCAAGGAAUCUGAAUGUGACAGAAAAUUAGUUGUUCAACUAGUUUCCGAUGCAAAACUGACAGAUUGGUUCAACGACAACAUUACCACUACCAGUAGAGAGGAAAAUGGGAACGGCGGACAUAACGGAUAUGAGUUCAAGGAAAUAUUAGAUUUUUUCGAGUUGUGCAGAUGUUGCAAGUGCUCAUGUAAUAAUUCUUUUUCAUGCAGAGCGGAAUUGGUAAAAAAAAUCGGAAUAGUUGUCGCCUUUAUGGCAACUCACAGCGGUCUCACUAGAUGGCAGAAUUUCCCGCAGAACAUAGAAACACCUGAAACUGAACCGAACUUCAAUGUUCUCCAUAAUAAAGCCAUCGAUGAGGUGUGGUACAGAAGAGCCGUGGAUCAUCAUUACGUUGAUCCUGGCGAUUUUAUCUACGCAGUUCCACACUAUAUAGGAAACUCCAGUCACAGCUUGGUCACCGUUAGCAGAGCUGUAUUUAAAGAAGAAGAAAAGAAGAAGGAAAAAGCCCCAGUUGCUGUCGUUGGUUACCAAUUCUUCCAUGGGGCUUUGCAGAAUUUAUUUACCCAAAUUACAAGCAAUUGCGGAAACAUACCAUGUACAAGAACGUGCGCUUCUCAAGAACUUCAUUGUCUAGUUCUUGACGAUAAUGGUUACGUAGUCGUCAGUGACGAUCCAAAGGAAACUGGUUUCUUUUUUGGAAAAAUCAUGCCGGACGUCAUGAAUCAACUACUCGACGAGAGAAUUUACAAAGCUACCGUCAUGUACGACUACCAGGGUUUAUGUGCCGAGGGUCAGGAGUCUGAAAGUCCUGCUUCAAGGCUACUGUCGCCUCUGGUUCACCUCACAAACUUAUUCCAUUGGUUCACGGGCUAUCUGAUCAUCUUAACCCAAACCGUUUUCGGUACCCAAUUCGAAUCUUUUCCGGCGGAACAGUACGAAGAACAUUUCGAGGUGAUGGACGAGCACGAAUACGCUUCCCACAACCACGAACACGAUCACUACGAGGAAUCCGAAAUGCCGCUCAGCGACAAGGAGUUCGUCCAGAAGUUCGCGAUCGAGAAAACCAAACCGGAACCUUGCGACACCCAGAUGGCGCUGUAUUCGCUCAUUCACUAUUCGGAUAGGGACAUGAGUGCGAGCGCUUAUAACAAAACCAUGGUGGAGUGUUCCAGACCGUAUAUUGUUCAAAAAAUAUCUGGAAGCAACAUGGUGCUGCUGGUUGUAAAUAGCGUUUGUCUGGGCGAACCCAAUACCAUUAUACAAACGCCAGACCCCGAGGAAGUUGAUUACAACAUGUCAUUGGCGUGUUAUAGAGCGGCGUAUAAUGAUUUUCCUAGAAGACAAUACAUGAGUUGUAUAAAUAGAAAUGCCAAUGAAAGUGAAAUCAAAAUAUGCGGGAAAGCUUCUUACAUAUCACCUACAAAGAUUGUGCCGAUGCUGCUGCUUGCGAUUUUAUCGUUUAUUUUAUUAUCAUAA